GUUAAAAGAAGGCGGCUGAAUGACAGCGGCUGCUCCCCGUUGCCCCCACCCUGCGGGAGGACCAGCCGCCCCCCCUUCUUCUCCUCCUCCUCCUCUUCGCUCAUUUACUGCCGGCCAUGGAGGGGAGAGAGGACGCGGAGUGCGACUGCCAGGCAGCGUUCGACGAAGCUCAGCGAUGGGUAGAGACAGUUACUGGGAAAAGCUUUGGAACCAAAGACUUUCGAGCAGCUCUGGAAAAUGGAGUCCUGUUGUGUGAUUUGAUUAACAAGAUCAAACCUGGAGUCAUUAAGAAGAUCAAUCGUCUGUCAACUCCAAUAGCUGGCUUGGAUAAUAUAAAUGUUUUUCUGAAAGCGUGUGAAAAUAUUGGACUGAAAGAAGCUCAGCUUUUUCACCCAGGAGAUCUUCAGGAUUUGUCCAAUCGAGUUACAGUCAAACCAGAGGAGACCAACAGAAGAGUGAAAAAUGUUUUGAUUACGUUAUACUGGCUUGGGAGAAAAGCUCAAAGUAACCCUCAUUAUAAUGGUCCGUACCUCAAUCUUAAGUCAUUUGAGAAGUUAUUAGGGCAAGCGUUGACUAAGGCACUUGAAGAGUCCAGCCACCUGAACAGAAGUGGCAGGGAUAGUGGGUACGGUGAUAUUUGGUACGUUGAUCGAGGAGAGCCCUUUUCAUCUUCAACCAGUCAUAAAAGAGACGAUUCCUUUGAUAGCUUGGAUUCUCUCGGUUCGAGAUCUUCCACAAGCUUUUCAUCAGAUAUAACCUUGAAAGGUGGCAGUGAAGGUUGUGACAGUGACACCGACUCAGAACUGCCUUUCAAAAUGCAUGAUUCGCAUAAAGAUGACAGGUCUUACCGCAGGAUUUCUGUGAUUGAACCAAAACCUACCACUGACUUCAAUCGCUUCUUACCCAGCAAAAAUAAGCAGACGGCUUAUGUGCCAGCACCCUUAAGGAAGAAGAGGACAGAGAAGAAUGAGGAUAACAGAAGGAGCUGGGCAAGUCCUGUCUUCACUGAGUCAGAUGGAACGUUUUCAAGUGGACGUGAAAGGAAUCCUGUAGCUUCCUGCCAAAAUAGCAGAGCAGAGAGUGAGUUCACAAAUCCAGCUUCCAUCCAGAUGAUCUAUGAGUAUGACAGUGGCUCUGAUUCAGAAGAUGAAAGAAAGCUGCCUGACGUGGUUAUGGAUGACUUAGCCAAACGUAGAUUUCUAGUAAAAAAGAGCCCUGUAAGCUCUGCUGCACCUGGACAUCAUUUCGUGUUGCACAGUGACUCUCCUAAAUCUUGCUCACAAGAAAAUUAUCCAGCUGCCCCACUAGCUGCAAUGCUUGAACCACUGAGUAACCAGAGGAGGCAGAGGCAGUUGGAUACAAAAGAGGAAAACAAACCAAGACUUAACAUUCCUUCAGAAAUAUCUGGGUAUUUUGAUGAGGACGAGGAAGAAGAAAUAGGCAUCCCAAACAUUGAAAAAGAUGAUCUAUAUUUUCGCAAGCUAAGUUCUACAGCAGCAAAUACAGUUCCUUUUGACAAAUUUCUUCCUAAGUUUUGGACUCCAGAAGAAGAAUUGCUAUGGAAAAAAAUCAGGAAAUCCUCUUUCAAACCCUGGUAUAAAGAGAUUCAAGGGUUCAGCAGAAAGAAAUCAGAUUCUGAGGAGGAGGAAUUUGCUUACAAACAAAGCUCUGCCAUUGUUGCUAAUCAACCGAGACCAAGUUUUGACUGGAACAGUUGCAGAAGGGAUCAGAGCUAUAAGCCAACUGCUGAAUAUGUGGGAAGUUCAUUGUCACAGAUAGCAGAAGGAAAAAUCUUGGAGGCUUCUGAUCAGCCCAGUCAGUUUUCGUUACUUCAGGCCCUGCAAAAAUACUCUGACUACUUGUCUUCUGAAACGAAGACCAAAAUUGAUCCUACUUCUGGUCCUAGGCUCAUAAAGUGUAGAAAGAAUAUUUCCUUUGUACCAGGAUACAAGCAAGGAGAUGGAGAAAAUGGAUAUUUGUAUCCAGAUUUAGAAAACGAUGACUUAUUCAUUCGGAAAACUGGAGCCUUCCAUGUGAAUCCAGUUGUUCUCCAAGACCCCCGAUAUUUUAAAAAGAUUUCUGAGCAGGAGCCUUUUCUAGAGGGUGAGAUAAUUCUGCAACCCAGAGAGGGCCAGCAGGUGAUUCCGGAUUUGGAAAAGGAUGACAUGAUUUUCCGUAAAAUCCUCUCUCAGAAAAAAGAGGUGCCUUUAUCGGGUGCUCCAGACACGUAUCACCCAGCACUCUUUCCUGAUCCAUGGAGUCUUCCAGAGGAGAUCCGGUCCAAAUUUCUAUGUUUACUUGAAAAAAACACAACACCAGAGGAAAGAAAGAGCAACGGCAGAGUGCUGUCGCCAUCUUCCCGCCAUAAGAAGGAUGAUAUGCUGACCCGCAAGAUUGAAUCUUGGAAGGUGGGAAGUAACAUCCAGCCAGUAAAUUUCAUCCCUGGUCCGUGCAGUGAAGAAGACUGGAAGAAGUGGGAAGCAAUCAGGGAGGCCAGCAAAGUUAGACACAAGAAACGGCAGAUGGUGGAGAGACUGUUUCAAAAGCUUUCUGAUGAGCAAGGAAGUAAAUCUUUGAAUGAUGUCAGUGCAGAGGAGCUGCAGUCAUACCGCAAAAUCCGUUAUGAAGAGCUACAAAAGAUAAAAGAACAGUUACAAGAACAAGAUCUAAAGUGGCAGGAAGAUCUGGCAAAAUGGAAGAAUCGCAGAAAGAGCUUCACAUCUGAACUGCAGAAGAAAAAGGAAGAGCGAGAAGAAAUAGAAAGGAGAACCUCUGAGGUGUCUGGAAGGAGAACCAAGUCACUGAAAGAAAUGCAGGAAGAGAGGGAGGACAGAGAUCAAGACUCCUAUGGGCGGCAAAAACAUGAAAACAGAUGGACAUAUUCCCUGAAUGACGAUGUGUUUCGUGAAGAAAAAGCACCUUCCCCACAGUCAGCAGCAAAAGAUUACCUUUUGGAAGAAGAUACCUCCUACAGCAGUAAGGACAGCAAAAGUGCGUAUGCCACACAACUGCACAAGGAGAACCUGCCGGAGAGCUCAGCCACCCAUGAAGCUCCUGCUCUACCAAAGAGCCUGGCAGAGGAGCAGAGCUCAACUCUUUUGUCUACCCGCUACUCGAUGAAUGCUCAAACUGGGUCAGCUCAGGUUUCAGCUUCUCUCCCGAGAAGUUACCAGAAAACUGAUACCUCUAGGUUAACAUCUGUGGUUACACCAAGACCUUUUGGUGUCCACUCAAGAGGAAUCUCGUCGCUUCCACGGUCGUUCACGAUGGAUGAUGCCCAGAAAUACAAUGGAGAAGUAGAAAAAACUAAAAGAACUCAGACUUUGUUCACUAGCAGUUCAUUUUCACAGCCAGACUCUGCACACCCUCUCUCCUCUGGUGCAUUCAGAAGCAGAGGUGAGGAAGAGGAGGAGGAAAAAGAAGGGGUUCAGUCAACAUCUCCUCCUAGCUUGGCAUUACCUGUAAAAUCCCAAGACCAAGAUGCUGGAAGCAGUAUUCUUAAACCAGAGUAUUGCUCUCCUCCUGAUUCUCUUUCACUUGCAUCUUCUGCAGAACAUAUGAGUCUGCCACAGCCUGAGGAUUCGAAAUACCUGGAACAGUACAGUGAAAUGAGAAUCAGUAUAAACCAGAGACCUGGUCACAGCCGCAGCUUUGGGUUUACAACAAAUUGGAGUUCUUCAGGGGCCUUUGUACAGACAGUUGAAGAAGGUAGUCCUGCUGCACUUAGUCAGCUGCAUGUAGAUGAUGAGAUCAUAGCUAUCAAUAGCACAAAAGUUUCAUGUAUGGACUACAGUCAGUGGGAAGAAGCCAUCAGCAGAGCACUAAAAACUGGAAACCUGGUCAUGGAUAUCAGGCGAUAUGGAAAGAAUGAUUGGGGCAAAGACCAGCCUUCCCUGCCACAUAUAAGGCAUAAAAUCCUCAAUCUCACCAGUAUGGCUACCAACAUUAUAGGUACACCUGAAAAUAAAUGGAUUGAUGCAACUUCUGGAGAACAAGUUUCAAAUGUUUCCACCGUAUCAACAAAAAGAGAUUUCUCCAGCAGCCUUCCAAGUUCUGAUACAGAAAAAAAAUUGAUAAAUGGAAUGCAAGGAGAUCUCAACUCUAAUGAACAAAGAGCAUCUGAACCUAUUUCUUUGAAAAACUUAAAAAGACGAUCACAAUUUUUUGAACAAGGAGGCCCAGAGCCUGCAAUGCCUGAUCUCCCAGUCCCAUCCAUUAGUGCUCCUAGUCGUCGGGUUUGGGAUCAGGAGGAAGAACGAAAACGACAGGAAAAAUGGCAAAAGGAGCAGGACCGUUUAUUGCAGGAAAAAUACAAACGAGAACAAGAAAAACUGAGGGAAGAAUGGCUACGAGCUAAGCAAGAAGCAGAAAAAGAGAGCUCCAAGUAUUUUGAUGAGGAGCAGACCGUUCUUACUUUAAAUGCAACAUCUGUACCUGCACGGGUUCCAUCUGUGUCUAGCUGGAGGGCAAGCCCUGAAGCGGAUAUUCCGGAAGAGCCAGAAGGAGAUGGAGGAAGUGAGGUGUCACCACACUUGCUGGGCAAGGAAGAAGAAAGGAGGCUUCAGGAGGAAAGGAGGAUCCAGGAAGAAGCAGCCCUGCGUUUUGAGCAUGACAGGGAACUUCAGGAGCUAGAACUUGAGAGACAACGUAAAGAGAGGGAACAACAAUAUAUGGAGGAGCAGAGGCGGCAGGCUGAGAUGGAGGAGCAGAGGCGGCAGGCUGAGAUGGAGGAGCAGAGGCGGCAGGCUGAGAUGGAGGAGCAGAGGCGGCAAGCUGAAAGGCAGAGGCAGGAAUCAGUGGAGAUACCUCAGUACCAAAGACAUUAUGAGCGCUAUGAAGUUUCUAAAACAAUAGAAGAUCGAGCUGACCAUCCUCUCAUUGACAGGCAUUAUGAGCGAUAUGAAGUUUCCAAAACAAUUGAGGAGCAACCUGAUCAGUCAUUUGCUGACAGGAAUAAGUCCAAGUCAACUUCAGAACUGAAUGAGUUCAACACAAUCAGAAAUGGUACCCAGAGUAAGUAUUCAGAGAGGUCCUGGAAUGCAACUGACACACAGAAGAAGUCUCAGAAGGAGCACAACCUGUCUGCGGCAGAGUUGGAGAGACAGCAAAUCCUUCAGGAAAUGAGAAAGAGAACAUCUCUACACACAGACAGCAGCUGGAUUAGGCAGCGCAGCUCCAGUAUACAUAAGGAGCCUAUUAGUCUGUACAGCAAUAGUAUGAGGAGAGGCGAGUCUUUGGACAAUCUCGAUUCUUCAAGAACGAGCUCAUGGAGGCAUCAUUCAUGGAUGAACCAGUCUGCCUCCUCUUCAUCUCUGUCAUCUAGUCAAGAUUUCAGUCGCCCAGUGUCCACUUCAAACCGAGCAUACAUGUGCACUCCUUCCUCCAGCAAAGCAUCUACUGCAGCCACCUCUUCAAGAGCCCCCACUGUGUCCCAGGCAGCUCCCCGGGCUCAGUCUCCCCUCUCUACUUCCCAGACAGGGUCCCAGACACGCAGCAGGUCAGUCAGUGGGAAGAAAAUCUGUUCAUACUGUAAUAACGUUCUGGGCAAAGGAGCAGCCAUGAUCAUUGAGUCUCUUGGUCUUUGUUAUCAUUUACAUUGCUUUAAGUGUGUUGCCUGUGGAUGUGACCUUGGAGGAUCCCGCUCUGGAGCUGAAGUUAGGAUCCGAAACAACAAACUCUUCUGCAACGACUGCUAUAUCAGAUUUAAAACUGGACAACCAACCUCCAUGUGAAGCAAAUGAAGAUUUGAAACCACUGUUGCAGAUAAAAGAAGAGGUGAUUGCUGCUGAUGUAGAUCUAUAAAUAUAUAUAGUGUGUAUGUGUGUUUUUUCUAAGAGUAUCUCUUGCUUGUCUAGUCUUCAUACCAAUGCAUUGUAUUCUUCAUAUAUAACUAUUUUUAUUUAUAAGAAAGUAAUUGCAGUAAGGAAAUACCUGGGGAAAAUGCUUUCACUUUUUCAGCUUCAAGUACUGAGAGCAGAGCACAAGGGGAGAAUAAGUAUAUUUUCAGUAAUAACUUCAAAAUAUUUUUGAGGCUUAUAAGCAACUAGUUGACUUUCCAAUGGUAUAUGAAGAGGGUAUUUUGUUUCUAAGCUCUUGAAAUGAGCAUUAGAGAAAUAGUUAAUAUAAAUAUAUAUUUGCAAUUGCUGUCUUUAUUUUUGACUUAUACCGAAAGUGAAUUCUCUAGAUUAAUAUGAAGCUGCAUUUAAAUGCACACAAGUGUGUCUGCUUUCCAUAUGCUGGUUUCUAAAAUUAUGUGCUUUUUUUGAAACUUAAUACAAAGAAUAAUUUGCUUGCUUAAUGGUGUCGUCAUAAUAUUCUGUGGAAUCCAUUUAAGGAGAAGAGUUCUCUUUUCUCAUUUGGGAAAUGUAACUGUCACUUUUCCCUCCACUAACUGAGUGGAGAAUGGUUGUUGAAUUACAGUAUAUUUGUAAAUAAAAUUUCGGAUGCUGCAUUUAUUAGAGAGAUUUUUUUUCUUUCUGUCCAGUUAAUGUGUUUGAGGUGACUUACAGAUAUAUAAAAUUGCUUGACUUUCAUGUUGGGAAAAUAUUUUUUUGUGAAAGGAUUAAGAUGUCUGCCUAAAUAUGUGUAAGAACAAUAGAUCUUGCUUUUGUCUUAUACUUCACAGUGGACUUCAGGCUUUGAGUAUAGUUCUCAGUCUAGCUCCUCGUGCUUUUUCUAGACAGCAUUUAAUACAAAUGGUGAGACUGAUUCUUUGGCUUGAAUGUGUGCUAAGUGUUUUUCAGGGAUGGCUCCCCAAUCGCUUUGGUCAGUGGCUCCCCCAAAUCUUUUCAUGCACAUUUAUGUGCCUUUCUGUGUCCAUGUCCUUGGAAGCAGCAAAGAAAACAUGGGAUUUGGAUCAGAGGAAUUUGAGGUAGCAUUUUGUGGAUGAAAUGGAGGAAGAGGGCAGCUUGUAUGUGUAGGAGGGCGUUGGGGCUGAGUUUGAGCUUGUGUAUGGCACCAUGAGAAAGUGCAACAAGGGUGCCAAGGCAGCUUAGAGUGCUCACUCCUAUCAAGGUACCUCAGGGAUGAAUAGGGGAGCUAGCAGUCUGGGAAGAGAGGUUGUGACUGAUCUUUCUCCUGAAAAGAGACUUGCCUGAAUUCCCUGCCUUGACCCAGGGAAUUUCAUGCUAAUAAAUGCUGAAUUACAAAGUGCCAAGCACUAUUUGCAAAUUUUUCCUUUUCCUUCUUUGAUGCCUCAUCCACCCAAAGUUGCUGAAUUCCUGUUCAAGCACCUUUGUGACUCGGCCUUGGCUUCUGGUUUUCAGGUAAAGUGUCCCCCAUGAAGUGGUCUGGACCACUGUGGUGGUCCACUGCAGUAGACUGCAGGUGAGAACUCUGGCACGUGAAGACCUUAGUCCCUGAAUACAGACUCUGGAGGGUUAUUCAUGCUGCCUACUAACACAGGCCUCUGAGAGCCUGAGGUCCUCUCUGCUGCUUGUGGAAGAUCGCUUCCCUGUAGCUGAAAAUAGAAUAGGAACCUAAAGUAGGCACUGUGCAGAUCUGGCUCUCAGUUAAGACCCAUACCUAAUGGAGAUGUUGAGGAUGUCACUCUAUACUGUCUAGUUGUCAGCCUUUUUUUACAGUAGGCAGCAUCAGACUAUCAAUGAUGGCCCCACAUAAGUUCAGAAGCCCCAGAAUUCCCAUCAUCAACCCUGAAAUACAUGCAGAGGUGAAAAUUCUUUGUCACAGGUCAAAGUUUCUCAAUCUCUAAGUCAUGCCUAUGAAUUCUCCUCUUCCAGUAUUGUGUUAUACAGCAAAGCUGUGGGGAAAUUCAGGGGUGGCAGCUUCUGCGCCUUGAGCCCAAUCUUGUUGCCCUCUCCCUGGGAAUCAUUUGGACAUGGAAAUCACUUGCAAGUAAAGAAAAAGGAGGGAGAAGAAACCUCAGCAGCCUGUGGUCUACAAUGCUGGUAGAGCUACCCUACUGGUGUCCCAAAGCCUGGGGUGAUGUGUUCUGAGACAGGCUGGUUUUUCCUAAAUGGUGUCAAGUAUUUUCGUGUGGGGUCCAAUUUAGUUUUCCCAGAAAAUACCUGUGAAAAAAAUGGGAUAUUUCAUUAGCUUGUUCCAAAUUGCUUGCCUGUGAGCAAACAGCAAGUGGAAUUUCAGAUUUAGUGAAGGCCAAAGAGCUAAAGUUGAAACGUUUGCAGAGUUGAAGCUGUGUUUUUCACCUUUGUGAAAGGCCUAGUUUAAAAGGGCUUCUUCAAACCUGUGUUUGCUUAUUCGAGUUUGCAUAUGUGAGCAAUGAAAUCUUCCCCCUCUCCACUCCCUGGAGGGGAUCCCUGGAGAGGAUCAGAUGGAGAAACCCACAUUACAAAUGUUAAUGUUGUUGUUAUCUGUAUAUUUUGAUCUUAGCUAAAGUAUUUGGAGUGUGCUGGGCUCUGAAGUUCAGCAAAAGCGAUUAUCUGCUAGCAACACAAGAUGGCAGUGUAAGUGUAACUUGCGCAAUAAAAAGUCCUCUCCAUUGUUGCAAUCAGUAUAAAAAAAAAAGUUGUGUUUGCUAAAUGAUAUUUAAUUUGUGAUAUGAUGGGAGUUGUAGAGAGAAUUUUCUUUUAAUCUUGGGCCUUUCUCCCA